UUUAUUCAGUUUCAGGGAUGGGGGCAAUGGCAACAGAUUGUACACUUUGUCUGAUCCAGAAGGUAGAUGGAGCUCGUGAAAACACCCUCCCUGAGGCAAUCCACGGGGAGACUGCAAGGCUCUUCCGGGUUUCAAGCAUUUCAACAGAAAGAUUCGCUGCGGUUGAAAGAUUAUACAUGCUUAUUUUGAUUAUAGGUGAAUGCCUAAUGGUCACAAACAGGUAAAUAGUUUUCCCUAUAUAUUCCAUAUAAAACUCAUUUUUUAAAGAGCUACAAAACAUAGAUAUACCCAUUGCAGAGAACAAAACCUACCUUGUUUUAAAGUGUUAUUAUAAAACUGAUAUAAAAUGAAGAGAAAAGUCGGAGUCAUGUAUCUUUUAAGAGAGAUUUCUCUGGUUAUAUUUGCUUACUGAAAAAUCACAUCCAAAACCACACUGCCGUGACCAGGAACACGUAGAUGCGAGCUCGGCAUUCACCAGGGCAGUCACCUUUCCAUAAUGUCACCUGUUUUCGCAACGCUGCACGCGGGGAAACAGUUAUGCAGCGAAUGUCUGUAUGCCGAGCCUACUGUAUCCUGUACCGUUGAAAAGCGCUCGACAAAACUGUUAGGGCGGUGCCCAGCGAUCGUAAAUCGUGUGGCGAUCGUCCGCGGCGCCUGAUAAAUAUCUCCAAUAAAAUUGGCUUUCGCACAUUUCAGCUGCGCGGCAGCGGCCACCCAUUUAGUCAUCCUGCUCUCAUUCUUUCUGUCUGGGAGGGGCCGUUCGACGACCAAGCCCGCCGUGCUGGGAGCCAAUGCACAGGGUCGGACAUGACCCCUCCGACGGUACCGCCAUUGCAACGCUCUGGGCUAGGCUGGGACGGUCGCAGAAACGCCCAAGAUAUUUCAACUGUUUUCGCGACUUGGCUCGCACUCGGACAGCUCUAUAGAGGCCAGGAAGCCGCGCAUGGUACCGUUGAAAAGGGCUUUUCGGCUGUUGUCCGGUGUGAGCAUGUUUUCCUAACGGUGUAGCUAUUUUCACCACGUACAUCUAUUGUUAUAUCUUUAUGAUACAUUCACCAACACAGCAACUUACUUUAGAUAUCCAACGUAAAGAGAGGUAUGGAAAGUUAGAACAUACAAUCUUAUGUUUGUAUUCAUUAUUAUCUUAUCCAAUCACCUUAUAUCUCAUCGAAGGUUAAAGUUUCUCUGCACAUUUGCAACCAAUCAAAAGCUUCUUUAUAAGCGUGACAACUGAUUUUUACCCGGAAAUGUAUUUUUGUCAGAUGAUUUUUGUUUUUAUCUGUUGGUAUAGUGGUGGUUUCUGGGUGAUACAGGCUAUACACUACCAAAAUACUUAACAACAAAAAAUUCAAGUGUUUGAUAUACAUGUAUCGAAUAUGCUGUGUAAGACAGUACACUGUUGAGCUUAACUGAGUGAAAUAAAGUGUGUUUUCACAUUUAAAACGCCAGUAAAUGAACACCUGAAAGCCGAUAUCAUUAUGUUAGCAAACUGUAAAUGAUUUCUAACGAGGUUGACAUAUUGAAAGCUUACUAUUUAGGCAAAUUGGUUUUCAGAACUUAAAAACGGAACAUUCUUUUACAAUUGCCUUUAUACGGAUAGUAUAAUUGAUAUGAAAGCAGCCAUGUUAAAAACAGUUUGUGUUUUAAUUUGUUUCGUUAUGUUCAUAAAGGCAUUUGGAUUAUAUGACAACUCUUAUUGUUCAUUGUUGUACAAGAACCCGAAAGGUACUUCCUCUCAGCAAUGCUUACACAGCUGCUUUACUACUGAGAGAGAUAUUCUAGUUCAACAGCGAAAUGGCAUUUCUAAACUGUUAAAUCAAAAGCAAAAAGUCAACGGCCAAAUGAAAUGCAACUAUUUAAAAGAUACACACACAUCUGCAUAUCAGACAACCGAAGAAGGGGGCUGGUGCCCGAUAGCCACAAAGACAAAACAUUUAGGAUUUGAUAGAAGUCUUGCUACAACUUUGGCACACUUUUUUAAAGGAAAAACUGUAGGAAGUUUUGGAGACGGUCCUGGGGCAUACAAAAUGGCAAUACUGACGACAGGAUUGGUAAAAGAGUAUGACGCGUACGACGGAGCACCGUUUUGUGAAGACACAAGUAAUGGCUCUGUUCGUUUUCUUGAUCUAUCCAUACCACAGUAUGGACUUCCUGUUUAUGACUGGAUUCUGUGUCUCGAAGUUGCUGAACAUAUACCAGAAGAAUUUGAAGCUAUAAUGAUAGAUAAUAUCAAGCGGCAUGCCCGUGAAGGAGUAAUUUUAAGUUGGGCUAUACCUGGGCAGGGAGGUUAUUCGCACGUCAAUAAUCGAUCUCCAGAAUAUGUAAUUGCUGAAAUGGAAAAAAUAGGAUUGCACUUUGAUUCACAAGAGACAGAAAACAUCAGAUAUGGUGCAAAGCAUAGAAAUCUUAAGCGAAAUAUUAUGGUUUUUCUACGAACUAUGGUCAAUAACUUGGCAGUUGAUGCCUGAUGCAAUUGUUUAGAAAAAAGGGCAAUAUAUUCCGUUAGGUUUAAAGUCUAUUUGGAGUAGUUUUAACAAACGUAUACUUUUAUUAUCAAUAUCAGUGUCUUAAAAUGUCAGUUUUAAUUUUUCAAACGAAAAGAAAUGUUUAAAAAACUUGAUAAAGGAUUUCUGGUACUAUAAAGAACGAAUCCGUGCAAACUGUGAAUCAAUAUUUAUUUAAUUUACCAAAAAAGUAUCUCCGGGUAUAAAAAUGCGUUUUUAUGCAUACAUAUAUGUUUAUGUGUACAUGUGCUUAUACCUCCUAUAUGUAUACAUUUACCCGUUCGCAGCUCAUAUACUUUUACUGUUUCUGACAGAAGUAUACCUGGCAAAGUACUUUAAUUGUUCCAUAAGCGUGCAGAAGUGUUUAUGCCGCACAUUUACCCGGCAAGGUGCUGCUGUAGCACAUGUGCAGGAAAUAAUGCGUCUGCCGCACAUAUACUAUUUUGCUCUUUUGACUCACAAAUACAGGCAAAUUGCUGCACAAAUAUUGGAAACUGUUUUUUUUUUCGACCAAUCCUCGACAAAUAGGUUUUGCAGCACAUAUGCAGCAAAUUGCUUCUGCAGCAGAUACGCAGGGAAAAUUUUCUGCUGCACAUGAUCGACAAUGUGAUGGUACUUAACGAAAACUAAAUAGUGUAUUUGAUGCACAUCUACAUGAAAUAAAUUUUUGUUUCACAUCAACAACGAUGUGUUUCGGUCGUACAAAUAUGGAACAGGGCUCUGCACUCAUUAACAGUGUAAAGUGCUCUGACAUAAAUAUACAUGCAAAAGUGUUUUAGAUAUACAUUUAUGGGGUAAAAUGUUUCUGCAAUAGUGGUACGGGGUAAAUUGCUCCUCUACAUAUACUUUAUAAAGUGCUUCUGCCUGACUUGUGCGUGACUAAGAGCUUCUAUCACACUUAUACAUGGAAAAAUGCUUUUGCCACACAAUCUCAUGGGGCAUGUAGAUUCUGUAACUCAAAUACGUUGCAAAGUACUUCCGUCAGCCAAAUAACUGGCAAAGUGCUUUUGACACACAUAUAGUAGGCAAAGUGCUUUUGACACACAUUUUCAGGGCAAAGGUCUUUUUUCACAUAUGUACUAUGCAAUGUGCAUAGCCUCAUAUAUAGUGUGCAACGUAAUUCUGCCUUGAUACGAAAGGAUUAAUGUUUCUGUUUCUGUCACACAUAUAGGGGGUAUUUAACUUUUGUGGCAUAUACAAAGCAAAGUUCUUCUGUCGUUUUUAAAAGUGACUAAGUGCGUAUCUGCAAAAUGAUUCUUUACCAACAAUACGGGCACACAGACACCGUGCAAAGGGCUUCUUCUGCCCAUAUAUAGAAAAUGUUUUUGCAACGAAUAUAUAGAGCAAUAUGCCCCCUGCCCAAAAUAUGCAAAUCUAUUUUCCCGCUAAAUACGGCGAAAUGCUUGCCGCACAGAAGCUGAAACACGUGCUUCUUUCGCACAAAUACAAUGAAAGUUGUGAUAAAUACCCGUGCAAUCUCGUUGCAAACAGAAGUGACAAGUGUUUGAAAAGCUUCCUGUUUACCGUUUCAAUAACGUUUAUUUUUGUGGUCAUCUAAUCAAAUGAUACCAAAACGAGAAGCAUGAUCGAGUAUCGUUCCUCCAACAAAAACCUCGGUUGGCAUUUCCCGAUAGGUAAAUUAAAUACCGGGGCUUCAUACGAUUAGAAAAAAAACUGCCAUAUGUUUAUUAUUUGAAAUUAUUGAAAUAUUUAGCAAUUAAGAAUACACAAGUUAUGAAAAAAAAUAUAUCAAUCUUUGAAGAUUUGAAAAAUUAAUGAAAUUGCGAAACAUGGUCUAAAACGGUCUGCCAUAUGUUCAUUUUAGUGAUUCAUUUGAUUAGUUUCUAAUUGAUCAAUUAAAUCAGAAACAACAUGAUAUGAUAAAUGCUAGUUCAUACUUUCGAUAAUUAAAGGAAGUGCACCAGCCACUGCUAAAUGAAAACCGCAGUACUGUUAGCAGGGCAGUCUAGCACCAGGACUGAUGAAAAAGCACAUGUGACAUUGUACCAACAUAUGCGACUGUUAUUAGUAAUUAUAGUUCACAAGACACCAGACAUAGGUGGAAAAACAACAUACAUUGUAUGCAAGUUUGCACACAAAUUUAACAAUAAUCGCAACCAAAUGGGAGUCGACAAAUAAUCCAUUCAAUAUUUUGUCAUAAAACUGAACAAUGAUUUUGUCUGUCUUGCAUCACUGAAAAAGGGUAAUUACCAAAAUCUUAUUUAUCAAAACUUGAGAGAAAUUCUCUAAGAAUUCAAUUUAUGAUGAAACCAUGAUAGUAAAAGAGGCUGAUAAAGGAGGUAACUCUAUAACAAUGGAGAUGAAAAACGUUAUAGAUGAAUGGUUGUAACAAUACUAGAUGAUCCGGCUUAUUAUAUAAAAAAACAUAGUGAACCUUCGAAAUCUGACAGAAUGAAAUAUAAUAAACUGAUUUUCGAAUAAUUACAACGCUCUACAAUUCUGAGAUAAAGACUAGUACCAAAGGUCCAUCAAAUUCAACAAAUAAAUGAGAAUAAAAGGUACCAUUUUAUGCUACACUACUUACUCGCUAUCUUGGAAGACAAAUUAUAUAAUGACGUCUCUUCUGAAUUUGGUAAGGAAUUUAAAGAAAAAAAUCUUAAUUCUUUAGAAAUAAUUUUGGGAUGACAUUUUCAUUCUACUGAAGACAUAAUCAUUCUAGAAAAACUUAAACUUUCUCAAUGAAAAUCUAGAAUUUGCAAAAUAGAAAGGCAACACCAAAUUACUCUUCUAAGAUGUUUGUAAAAACAAGCACUAGAAACACUAUCAAUAUAUGUUAUCUAUUUCAUGUUUUUUGCUUGGGAUAUUGUUGUUAAUUAGUGCCACAUGACAUCAUGUAUGUGCUAAAAGGUAUGGAAUUUGCACUCUUUGUAAGAAAAAUGAAGUAGCUAAGCAACAAAGUGAAUUUCAUGCAGCUCUAUAGUACAGUCAUUUCAACAGACUGUUGAAUUAAAGACACCAAACAAAUGACAGUAUUCUCUCAUAAGAUUUUGUUUUGGCUAAACAACAUUCAUAAAAUGCUAAAUUUUAUCUUGCACAUAUUUAAACAGCAAAUAUGAACAAUUCUGAAAAAUAUUUUUAAAUACAUAUUAUUGUUAUUUUCUAACACUGAUUGUAUUCAUUUAUACGCAUCCAGGCAAUCCAAAUGCAUCAAAAGUUAUUUCUCAUAAACAAAUAGCGCAUGUGUUUAGUAUGAAGAUGUAAUAAAAUGAAACUAAGUGAGUAUUUUAACUAUUUCAGACAGACUAUUGUACUGAAAAUGAGAUUAUUUUGGACUAAUUUUCAGAAAACAUGUACUUUUGUAGAGUUUCUAAAGUAUCACAAACAAGCUGUCGAAAUAAUUGAGUUAUUAUUUACACUUUAUUCUAUAGAUCAAGAGAAAGUCUCGAAGUUUAACAACAAAAUAAAUAGAUGAAUAAAUAAAUAAAUAAAUGAAUUAACAAAUACCAACGAAGAUGUGUUUACUUUUUCAUACACGCAUGAGCAUUGUUAUAUCGCAUAAGUAAAAAUGAAAGGUAUGGUGUGCAUGGGUUAAAGAUAGUUUAAUCUUACAUGUAAAAGAAAAUAUUUUAGUUCUUUUCUUUUCAAUGAUAUAAUCCACAAUUCUACCAGUCAUGUUCGGGCAGCGUUGUGUGCGGUUUGACGACGUAAAGAUGUGACAAUGUUCACACAAUAUGAAAAUGUAAAAUAAUUCUAUAAAAUUUUUGUUUUGCAUUUCGGUAUGAUACGUACACGUUAUUUUUGUGCGGUAAUUACUGAAGUGUAUUCUUUACAAGUUAAAGCAUAGCAAAAGUUCCUUCUAGGGCAUAUCUAUAUAAAUGUAUAAUGAUCAUCUUGUAAAAUUUUGGUUGCAAUGUCUGUUUUAUACUGCCAUAAAAUGUCAAGUAGGUAUUUACGCUAGUUAUUAUUUAACAUAAAUUGUUAAAUCCAACAACAAAUUAAAUCUGUUACCACUUGCAUUGGAGUAAAUACGGCAAUAAGACAUUGACCCGGUCAAUCCAUUAUAAUUCGAUGCGUGAAUUUAUUGCACAUAAUUAGAAGGUCGCAAUGGGGUUUGUUUCCACAUAUUAACCAUGCAUUUGAAGAUAACGAUAAUAUUUAGUUGUUUACAUGUAAAGGUGCUGAUAUAUGUCUAUCUGUUUGUACAUAUGGUAUGUUCUUCAAGAAUGGAGGAAGUAAAAGAAUCAGUCAACCAUCCUCGGGUUUAGUAAUAUGUAAUCCAUGGACGCGUUCAGUCAGAGAGUCGCCUCAAUUAGGAAAGAAUAGUUUUAACGUCAGAGGUUAUUUCUCAGGUCACGGAGUUUGACUGGCCAGCUUGUAAUGACAACAGCUUUCGAUAUCAAUAGCUCGGUCAGGUGUGACUUACCAAAUUAUAAUAUUCCUCCUCAAGAGAAUAAAUAAUAACAAUACACGAUCAUUUACAAUUCAUUUUUUUUCGCACUCAAAUGUUUAGAACCGUACUUAUAAAGAAUAUACUCAACGCCUUUUCUAGCUCCAUAGCUGGGUUUUUAUAUUUAUCUCUGUUAAAGUUUGACAUAUUUAAAUGAAAUUCUGGCACAAUGUUUAAUGAUAAUUUUAUUGUAAUAAAACGUAAGAACGAUACUAAUGAGAAUAAACUCAUUAAGCCGUAAAAUUGUUUGAUCCCGCAGAUGGCAUUAUUUGGUCCAUAGCGAAGAACGAAAAAGUAUAUACUUUUGUGUUGCAUUAUUUCAACUGUCAUACCUCAAUAAAUAUUUGUUGGUAUCUAUGUAUUUAUUUGUUUAUUUCGUUAUGUUUCGAUCAUAUAAAGAAUCAUCCGUAAUUUCCAGGCUUCGAGAAAUCACAAGUUGUAACUCGAACGACGCUCGCUUUUACAGCUUUCUUCACAAAAGCAUUAAUUUUUUCACAACACCCGGUUUUAUUUAUGUUUUAA